AUUAUAAUAAUCAAUACAUUCAUUUUUUAUAGCUUUAAAAUAACCAUAUAUAUAAUAUUUGUGCCGUCUUCUUGAACUUUGGAAGAUGGUAAAUCAAAACAACGGGUCUUGGCCUCCACUACUUGCAAUAAUAUAAAAAAAACCAUCAGUACCAUAAACAAUUUACUACUGUAGUUUAUUGGUUGCACGUAAUCCUUAUUUACAAUUUCUCAAAAACAUAAUUUGUGUUCGGUUCUUAGUUCACAGUUGAAGAAUAAGUAAAUUAUGUAAAAGUUUUAUGUCUAGUUGAAGGAAGCGACUCGGUCGCUAUGUGAGCAUGUUAUGAGUGAAAGGUUCUGAAAUGUCGUGGGGGUAAUUUGGACAAUUUGGUUGUAAUCAAUCAAAACAAUGGUUCCUGCACCGAGCUGCCCCAAUACCUGGGACUACUGGACGACGUCCCCGUCCUAUAUCGUGGACUUGACAUGUCUGCUGCCCAACUCUGUUUACAUUCCUAUCACACCAAAUUGGGACGCAACACUGCAUGACGUGAAGGAGGAGCUAUGGAUGAAAGCAGCGAGAUAUCCCCUAUUUGGGAUGCUGCACGAGAUGUCCGACUAUGUGUUCCAAUUCAUAAACUCAUUGGCGGUUCUCGAGGAGGUGAACGACGAGAACAAACGCCUCCGAGACAUCAAACCCACCUUCGGGGUGCUCAAGAUCGUGGAACGGUCUAUGAGGCCCGGGGAACAGUUCCUUAAUAUGCAAAUAAGUCAUUUAAUUGGAAAAGGUCUAAACGAGUUCGACAACCUCCGAAGUUCAGAAGUGAAUGACUUUCGGACCCGAACCCGAUACAUAGCAGAAGAGAGUCUUGUAAAGCGCGCCAGAGCAACCCCACUAGAGAGGCUACGGUACCAGUGUCCGCCGAGGCUAGCCAAGAGUCACGUCGUGCAUCGGACGUUGCAGAGUCAUCUUAAGAGCAACAAGUUCUUUAUGAGUACCACCUUCGUUGAUAUAGACUUUACCACAACGACAAACGCGCCAGCGAUGUCCACACCAAAACAACACAUAGAAUACAUUCUCCACAAAAAGGUCAAAGAGUACUUCAUGCGGCACUCCAGCCAGGACAAGAACAAAUACGUACUGAAAGUGGCGGGACGCGAGGAGUACCUCUUGGGAGACCACCCGCUGAUACAGUUUCUCUAUAUACAGGAGACGCUGUUGAGAAACGAUGUGCCGCAUGUGAUGAUCGUGAAUAUUGACAAGCUGUCGUUGUCUGUGGGCGACUCCCGAUACCUAGUAGAAUCAAGAGGGCGACUAGCCUCCGAACCUCCGACCGGUACCAUGCGAAGGAUACGUCAAGAAGAGUACCUCUCCUCAUGGAGCGUGGAACAGAACUACACCUGUACAGUCCAGAGCGUGGGAGGACUCAACGUGGACACUAACAAACUCGUCGAGGUGGUCUGCCAAGCCGGCAUCUUCCACGGAGGCAAACCUAUCUGCGAACCGCAGAAAACCACAAUGGCGCCGGUUUCGAAUGAGGGCGUCGCAAAAUGGGACCAGGCACUCACCUUCCCGAUCAAAGUACUGAAUAUACCGCGCAUGGCGAGACUGUGCUUCGUCAUAUACUCCACUUCAGAGGUCUACAAGAGUAAUAAGAGCAAGAAGGGGAAGAAAGACACUACCAAGGACGACAUAAACAAAUUAGCGUGGGCGAACACGAUGAUAUUCGACUACAAGAACCUCCUCCGGACAGACGGCGUGACGCUCUUCAUGUGGACAUACGUCGCCGACGAGACGCAAGACGAAAUGUUACUACACCCGCUGGGCACCGUUGUGUCCAACCCGAAUACGGACUCCUGUGCGGCGCUGCAAGUGCGAUUCUCAGACUAUGAAUGCCCGUACCAAAUAAUGUUCCCAUCGCCGGACACAGUGCGAGAGCGCGCCGAGUUCCCCGAAAACGGCUCGCCCGAAGUAGUCGCGCGGCUAGCGAGAGACUUGGACUCGCCGCUAUACAAGGACCCCCUCUAUGAGAUGCACGAACUGGAGAAGAAAGACAUCUGGGCUUCCAGACGAUACUUCCGCGACGCAGCACCCCAACUCCUGUCCAAACUCCUCGCGUGCGUCGAAUGGGGCGAGCAAGUGGACUCUGCGAGCGUCGUCCAUAUGAUGUCGGACUGGCCCAUGCUUCCCGUUGAAUCUGCGCUGGAACUACUAGACUACGCGUAUGCUGACGCGGCCGUGCGCAGCUUCGCCGUCAAGUGCCUCGCCAAGAUCACGGACGAGGAACUGCUCCUGUACCUGUUACAACUUGUGCAAGCGCUGAAACACGAGUCGUACCUGAUGUGCGACCUAGCACUAUUCCUUCUCCAGCGGGCUUUCAACAACAUGACUAUUGGACACUACCUCUUCUGGCUUUUAAGAUCGGAAAUGCACGUAUCGUCUGUGUCGAUACGAUUCGGUUUGGUUCUGGAGGCGUACUGCCGCGGCAGCCAAGACCACGUGGACGCGUUACUACGGCAGAUCAGCUGUUUGGACAAACUCAAGUGGCUAAACAACAUGGUGAAAAAGCGCAACAAAGACAGCAUAAUCAAAGCGCGGGCAGCCACACUGCAGUUGCUCCAAGAGGACCACUGCCGAGAAACCUUGUGCAACUUCGUGUCGCCUCUCAACCCCAGCUUCGUGUGCAAAUCUAUUCGGCCAGAGAAGUGUAAAGUCAUGGACAGUAAAAUGCGCCCCCUGCAGCUCGAGUUCGAGAACAUCGAGUCCUGCGGGCCGGAUAUCCGGAUAAUCCUCAAGAUUGGCGACGACCUGCGGCAGGACAUGUUCACGCUGCAGAUGCUUAGGAUCAUGGAUAGUCUAUGGAAGAAUGAGGGAUACGAUUUCCGAUUGAACCCUUACAACUGCAUAUCGUUAGACAACAACGUAGGCAUGAUCGAGGUGGUAGACGACGCAGAGACCGUCGCCAACAUACAGAAGCUGAAAGCUAAAGUCAACGUUGCUUCCACCAUCUCCAAAGCCAAUCUAUUCCAAUGGCUUCGAGAACACAAUGCACCGGAAUCCAGCUUCAACAAAGCCGUGGAGGAGUUCACGAUGAGCUGCGCUGGCUACUGUGUCGCGACUUACGUCAUGGGCAUCGCUGACCGCCAUCCCGACAACAUCAUGGUCAAAAAGAACGGACAGCUAUUCCACAUAGACUUCGGCCACUUCCUGGGGCACUUCAAGCAGAAGUUCGGGUUCAAGCGAGAGCGCGUGCCGUUCGUGUUGACGCACGACUUCAUCCACGUCAUCAACAAGGGCGAGCGCGGCUCCGGCGUCAACGAGCCGCUGCACUUCAAGAUAUUCCGCGAGCACUGCGAGACGGCGUUCAAGAUCCUACGGCGGCACGGGCACCUCAUCCUGUCACUGUUCUCCAUGAUGAUCUCCACGGGCCUGCCCGAACUCAAGUCUGAGAAGGACCUGCAGUACCUACGAGAUACCCUAGUACUAGACUUAUCAGAAGAGAAAGCGCUCGAGCACUUCCGUCUCAAGUUCACCGAGGCCGUCAAGAACACGUGGAUGACGUCAUUCAACUGGGCCUUCCACAACUUCGACAAGAACAACUGACAGCGGCCCGGCCAGCGCCGCCGCCCGCCGUCCAAGUACUCGCCGCAGACGCUGUAGCGAGGGACUGAAUAAGGUUCCAAUUGCUGGGGGAUUGAGUGCGCAUUACAACUUUUUCAAAUUAAAUUUACCCGCUAUUCUUACGUUAAAGUUUUAACUCUGCGAGUAAAUGAAGAUACACAAUUCUCAAGAAGAAGAGCACAUGAAACUGCUCAAGUGUUUGUGCCACUUUUAGUAAGUGAGUAAAUGAUUUAGAUUAAAAUUCCCAAAAAUACAUACGACCGUAUGCAAAGAGCGUUUCUGGUGUCGCGUUGAG